GUGACCUGUCUGUAAACAGACCAGGACGAUGCUACAGGGGACACGUGAAGCACCGAUACUCAUCGGUGAUGACGACGAUGACGACGAGGUCACCUUUGUCGGUGGCCCUUCGAGGAUGCCACAAUGGUGCUCUAAUGACUCUCUAAUUGUUUCUGCCAUGGAGUCCAACAAGUAUCAAACUACGAACAUUGCGUUACCAGUUUACGACGUUUCGGACUAUCCACAACGUGGUGCGGUAGAGGCUGACAUAUUACUAAUGUCAUCCCCGAGUCAGCCUCUUUUCGGGUCAGGUGGUCAACUACCGUCAAACUCUCACACCAUGACCCACUCACAGGGUCUCAAGCGAAAACGCAGCCAGGAGUAUGGCUGGGACAAGCCGUUUUCUAGGCCGUCUCCUGUUCCAUCGAAUUCCGGUACGCCAGUAUUACCAGAUCCUUUUACCGGUUUAUCGAAGAAAGGGAAGAAGAGGCUGCGCAGACGUAUGAAGGACGAAGAAGAGGCAAAGUCACCGGCGCAAAGGCAAGGAUCGCCUCAAGUCCCUCCACGACCGCAACCAGCUCUCGUCCAUCCAUUACCUGCUAGACCAUUAGACACAACUGUGCCUCUUAGCCACGGAGCUCUUGAUCGAAGUAAGCAAGAUUUAUCAAAGUGCUCUGUACCUACGAAGGACUCUACAGCACGAAAAUGCAGUCCUGGACUGUCGUCAGCGAGAUUUAGGCCAGUAUCUCACUGCCCAUCGACUACCCCGAAGCCUCAUCCUGCUUCUAUCCAACUUCCAUCCUUGCCAUCAAAGCCCGUAAGCGACUUCUCAUCCAACGUGUUUGCCUCAUCAAAAAGGCGCAUUGGCAAGCCUACACCUCCUGGCUCAGACCACGGACGUUUCGCCGUUCCCGAGGAACAGUUCGUGCCUCAUGACCCAUCGCGAACCAUUGUGCUCGAGAAUAUACCCAAGAAACUUCGGACUAUUGAUUUCAUUCUGCAAUGGUGCCGUGACACUUCGCUGCCGAAUGACCCACCUCCACUUCAUGUUGAUGUCAUGCGCAAGAACGGCAAAGCAUUAGUGGAAUUUACGACAUCGAGACAGGCUUGCUCUGCAUUUCAUUCGCCGAGAAUGAUUAAUGAAGACGGUAGAUGUAUGAUUUCUGCAUAUUGGUUCCGCCCAGAAUGUCGUCCUAUACCUGCCGUUCCUACUCCAAUUGCGCGGCCCGACAGUUGCAGCAGAGCAUCACCAUCUGCAUCUUUCAAUAACUUCAACACGAAACUGGACCAUUUAUCUACCGCUAGUACAGCCCGAGCUUCCCCUACCAGUUUGCGCCUUACCCCAAAUGUAACCCCCUCCCAGCCUAUUCACGAUCUGAAAGGCGUCCCAUCCUCUUCGUCCACUGAUCAUCCACCUUAUGGCGUAUCUUCUAAUUUUGGUACGACUGUGCAGGACAAUCAUUCGGCUCAAAAAAAUACUAAAGACCGAAAUCAGCCGUGCGAGGACGCAGAAGUGGAGGAAGGUGAGGUUCUAGACGAAGGAGCAAAGGCUGGUGUUCAGACUCACGAGCAAGGAGAAAUUGGAGGAGAGAUUUCUGAUGACCAGACUCAGGAAGAUCGAAUUUUGAUCGAUACCGUGCCAGAACAAUUUCCUGCGGAAAUAGAGAUGCAGGAUAUACAAGCGAUACUUCAGCGGAAAUUUGAGGAACAUGCCAAGGUUCCUGCGGCGAAUGCAUCUGGACGAUCUUCAGACAGUGAAAUCGCUGUCCUGGAACUUGUCGAAGAUGAAUCGCAUAGUCGGGAGGAAAGUCCGCAGCUCAUGUACCCUUCACUUGAGGACUCCCUGUCCUGUUCGUCUCCCGCACAGGAUUCUUCAGUUGUCCCGGAGUUUCCUGCGAAUGAUUAUGCUGGUGUGGCGAGCAACGAACCACUGGAAGGCCCGGGUAUAGAAACAUCGGCUACAGUGACGCUUUUCACACAUGAUGACCUCCCCACCCCUACACAAGAGAUAGUAGCGCCUUUGACUUACAGUAGCGAUCUCAUGAGGGGCGAGGUGUGUCAACCUUCAUCUUCUGAUCAAUCCGCAGUUGAUACCUCCGUUGCGUCUGAGCGGAAAGUCCACAGUGAAGGCAACACCUCAUCUACGGAGAAGCCUUUUAAUAUUCUCACCCAGUUCGUGCCAGAUGCGAAGUUGAUGCAGCUCCGAGAGCGUGUCCUGGCCAGCAAGAAACGCAGGAAUGCAGCUUCGGAAGCUUCCACUUCCUCAUCCGGGAUACCAUCCUCAUCAUCGACAACCUCGAUAGCAAACGCAUUAUUCGAGAACUUCGCUACUGAUUCCACCAUUCUGUCGAACUCAUCCAACUCGUCAGCCGACUCGACGGAUUCAUCAUUCUCUUCGACGGCGAUAUCGACAUCAUCCACGUCAUCAGGAGAGGAGACCGGUUUGCCAAAGUCAACGUCUUUCUUGAACAAUAUGGCGGUCGCCUUUCUUGAAAGCAUCAUUGGUUCAUCCGAUUCUUGUCUUUCCACUGUUCGUAACUCCGAAUCCUCGAAUCGAUCUUUCAACGAUAUAUCAAUGGACCCGAGUACAUUGCUCCAAAAGAAGCAAAAACGUCUCGAGGAUCAUCUCGCGAAAUCACGAACCCUUCUCGCGCAAUGGGAAACCACAAGCGAUAAACCAGAAAAGGCGAAGAUAUGGCUCUUGAUCAAGGAGGAGAAGAGGUGCGUGGUUGUUUGUUGUCCCAUUUGCCCCUUUCAUAAUUGUCCGAUUUCGACUUCGUUGUCUUUGUCCUUGACCUGUCUAGGGCCUUUGAGGCGGAUACCGUAGCUCUGGAUGCCGAGUUGGAGCGACUCGAAGCUAUGAAGAAGACGACGUUAGCAAGACCGAAGAUGACUUCAAAGAAACCGUAUUUUUCCCGAUGGCCGCAGACUAGAUUGGAUCAAUUGGUUUUCUCCGUGAGCGACAGUGAAGACGAAGAAGAUGAUAAUGCUUCUGAGAGCGAUGAGUGAAUCACUCCAAGGCUUUGGCUUGCGCUCUUCAUUUUCGCCUUUCGCUGGUAAUGUCAAUAUUGAUUAUUUUGUUCUCGCGAUAUCCUUUUUAUUGUUCCUUGCUCUGUCACGAUUUAUGGCACCAACUCGGAUACCAUAAUUCCACAUUCUACAGCACACUACACAUGGGAUAACGGUAUACUUUUGGAAUUUGUUUAUCUGUCUACACAGACCUUCGUUGAUGCCUCAUAUUUUCAGCGCCACUUCUCAAUUUGCAUUACGAGACUCGAAUACCUGAAUUUUCCAUGCAACAUUGUACUAUUACACACGCUUUUCGCUUGACCUAGCAUUGCACACUCAUAGCCCUCACUCCAAUUUAUCCUUUGCGUUAUCAUCCAUUAUCACUAUUAGCUUGCUAUCGAACUCAGAUCGGACGUGUUGCAUCCUUGUGCAUGCGAUGCGGUACGGUUUGAUGCAUUCAUGUAGACUCCUCACGUCGUUAUCCUAAUAAAAC